UGCUCAUCCUCAAGGAGUUUCACGUGAUAAUGAUACUGAUACAAUUACUAAUGAGUGUCAAAGGAUUUCUGACUAUCUUAGCACAGGUGCAGAAUAUCUUAAUUACUCAGACGUGAAAGCUUGCUAUGAUUCAAUUCCAUUUAAUAAAACUAAGGCAGCUCAGACAAUCGAGACAGUAAAAGAACUUUUACAAGGAUUUUAUACAUUUUUAGAUCAAGCGAAGGAAGAACCAAAAGCAGGAUAUACCUUUACACCUAUUGAUUUAAUAACAGAAUUAGAUUUGUACUUAAAUAGAAAUUAUUCAUAUGAAUAUGAAUUUAUGUAUGAUAUUGGAGAUCUCAUUAGUGAAUUGAGAGAUGGCCAUGCUUUCUUCGCUUCUACAAAAUUUUCAUAUUCUUUUUAUCAAGGAUUUUCUAUGCAUUCUGUUAUUAAACCAGAUGGAACACAGCAAAUUAAGGUUUUUGAUGACAUAAUAGAUCCAAGCACUAUUGAUUGUCAAGUUACAUAUAUAGAUGAUAAACCUGCAAUUGACGUGAUUACUGAAUUCGCUCGUAAUAAUAUAAGCAUGUCAAGGGAUUUAAAUGUUCGCUUUAAUACAGCCCUUGCAUCCCUUGGUUUUGGAAAUAGGGAUUUUAUUAUAUAUGGACAAUAUUUCUCAGUUAGACAAAAAUUACCUGCUGAUCCAACUAUUUCUUACACGCUCAAUUGUAGUGAUAAAAUUUUUAACAUUACUAGAGAAUGGAUAGUUCCAAAUAGUGAGACUUUGAGAUUUUACCCAAUACUUACAGCUUAUAAUUCUUCAUAUAUUAAUGAGACUUUAGUUGGCAACGCAUCUUUAAUCUUUGAUGCAAUUUUCUCUAGAUUUUAUACAUUACAAGACUUUGGUGUGGUAUUAAUUUCAACUGAAGACACUACAGGUUUGAAACUUGACGACACCAUUCAUUUUUUGACCAAUAUGAUCGUUGGAUUUAAAUUAUUAGCUGAUAAAGGUAUAACAAAGAUCGUUCUUGAUUUGAGUAAUAAUCGUGGUGGAGCAGUCAUUGUUGCAGAUUAUAUUAUUAAACUUUUAUUCCCUGACAUAAAGAUUUUUCCUCAAGAUAUAAAAGUUACAGACGUAUCUACAGCUUUUAUAGAAGAAAUUUCUAAUGCAGGUGUUAAUAGUUUAUUUAGUUAUAAAUCAUAUACUUCAACAAUUACAAAUAAUUCAUUUGAUAGUGUCAAUGAAUUUAUUGGAAACAACACAUAUACACGUGGUGAUGCGCAAGUUAAAUUUACAACAAAAGCAUUUAGAAAUGACUCAUUAUUCUCCCAAAUUCUUCCGGUUCCUCCAAAAUUUCCAUGGACUGAGGAAAAUAUGGUUAUUUUAACAAAUGGUGCUUGUUAUUCAUCAUGCGCACUUAUAGUUCAGCGAUUAGCUGAAGUUAAUGUUCCAACCGUAUCUGUCGGUGGAUUUCCAAAUACUAAAUUUUCCUUUGCAAGUUGCGCUGGUGGAACAGUAAUGGACAGUGAUAUUAUUAGUGCUACUCUAAAUAAUUAUCAAAAUCUUAGUAAUUUAGCUUCUAGGUUAACUCUUUCUCAAGAAUUAAUUUUAAGGUUCGUUUGUGCCGAAGUAUAUAGCAUUAAUAAUCCCGACGAAGUUUUGGAUUUUUCCUUUAGACAAGCAGAUUACCAAUUGUAUUAUGAUGAACUAAGUGCUAAAGAUCCAAGUAGUUUAUGGUUACAGGCGGAAAAAUACAUCAAGAAACGUUAA